CAGUGCGUUGUGUUUCAUUCAGUUGUCGUCGGUCUUUCGCUCCUGAAACACGCAUACUACUGACCGACAUUCAAGCUGUGUUGCGAAGCAUUCUAGUUCCUUCUGUUGAAGUAUCUUCAGACAAAAACAUUGUGAUCGACUCAGUUUUAUUAGUGAAACAAAACCCCCUUGUUAAAACGAUGUCACUUGUUCGCUGUGUAGCAAAGCUUAACAGGGCGAUCGGAUCGUCAUCACUCUUAACAAACCCGCCCAUCAUCGCCACCGUGGCCCCAACUGCUGGUGUUAAUUUUAGCAAUCUCAAACGCAAUCUCACCACCACCACCAGUGGUCCCCGUCACACAUUCGCCAGUUCCGGCACGCAUCCGUUUCGAACAGUGGCAUCCUCAUCACCGUCAGCGUCUCUGCCCGCGGAUCGCGAAACCUCGGAAGAUCCGCCAAAUCCGAGGGCAAAGUCCGACCGGCUUGUGGUAGAAAGCUCGACGUCACCGCGACGCCAGAUAAGCGAAGCCACCGUCGAUACGAACCGUGCGCGUGUGGUGCUCCGGGUGGACACGGCACGGUACGAGUUCCCGGCCGUUUGGUUACGCGAUAACUGUCAGUGUGAGCGAUGCUUCCAUGGAGGAUCCUCCAGCCGAGUGCUGGACUGGGAACGGUUCGAUGUGGAUCGGGUGAAGGUGAUGCAGGUGCGUGUGGUGGACAGUGGGCGAUCGUUGGAGUUGGUGUGGGGUAAUGAAGAAUCCGAAGAAGGCCAUCGAUCGGUGUACGGGCUGGAAUGGCUUUUGAAGAGAAGCUUUAAGGAGGAGGACACUGAACGCUAUCUGAGGGAGUGGUAUCGUCCCGAGCCGAUCGUUUGGGGUGUGGAUGGGUUCGGUGAGGUGUUGCGGGAGUUUUCGUUCGACGAGGUCCUGCGGGAUGAUGGGGCGUUGAGGCAGUGGAUCGAGGCGCUGAUUGCGUACGGCGUGGUCAUGAUCAAGGGCGCUCCAUUGACGGAGAACGAGUGUCGGCGGUUGGCCGAUCGGGUUGGAUUCAUUCGGAAAACGCAUUACGGGGAAGAAUUCAUCGUAAAAGCAAAAGAAGGUACCAGUAAUGUCGCCUACCUAUCGACACCACUGCAAUUGCACACCGAUCUCCCGUACUACGACUACAAACCGGGCUGCAAUCUACUGCACUGUCUCGUACAGUCGAACAAUCGCGUCGGAGGUGAAAACCUAAUCGCGGACGGGUUUUACGUUGCGGAACAACUGCGCCACCACUAUCCGGACGAUUUCCGGCUGCUUAGUGAAACGCUUGUGGAUUGGAGCGAUCUGGGUUCGGAUGAGGCGGGAAGCUUCCAUAGCAUCUAUCGUGCACCUGUUAUCUGCAUCGGACGUGAUGGUCGACUGGAGCGAAUCAAUCACAGUGUACCGCAGCGGGACAGCCACUUCAGCGUACCGAUCGAUCGCGUCGAACCGUGGUACCGGGCGAUGCAGCGCUUCGUCACCAUUCUGCACCGUGAAGCGGUAAGCUUCAAGACAGCUCCCGGAGACAUUCUAACGUUCAGCAACGUUCGGAUGGUACACGGCCGUACCGGCUAUACCGACACCGCAGCCAACACACGCCACAUCGUUGGGGCGUAUCUCGAUUGGGACGAAAUCUACUCGAAACUGCGCGUCCUGAAAGCGGCUUCGGAUUAGGAGUGCCAAACCCAUGGAAAAAACAAACAACCACAACCCGUUGGUACGAUUUUUGUUUUAUAUUUUUAAAUGAUAUUUUCGCAUUCCUCGAUUCGAUAAGAUUGUAGUGUGGGGUCCCUGCUGCCUUCCUCGCAUCGAAGGAGGGGUUUUGUUCGGGAUAGCAGCAGGAUAUGAUAAGCUCGAGUAAUAAGUAAAACACAUGCUCAAUUAUUCGCGACACAAUUACCUCACUAAAGGGAAAACGAAA